UGUCUUAGCAGAGACUGUAAGCCGUUACCGUUGCAAUAGGCAAACAAUACAUAUAGGGAGCCGAAAUCAGUCAUUCAAGUCCUCGACAACAAGCACAGAGUCCUAAACAGCAAAACUUUAUCAACACCCUAAAGCACUCCAUUUUAUAUCAAAAUGAAGUUGGCCAACCUCCUUCUUCCCCUUGUGGCAACUGCCCCUGCCGUCCUUGCAUCUCGCCGCUUCGAUCGGGCCCCUGUCCAGAUUCGUAUGUAUCAGCCUGCCGUUCCCGCAUACGACGAUAGCCGCGUCCAACACUUUCACGACAAGGUACUGUUGGCGCGCAUGAAGGAGUACUUUGUCUCUUUCGUGGUUGGCAACUACACCGGGAUGCACGAUUUGCAGGCCGAUAACUUCCACAUCACCGACAUCCCUCUUGCUAUCGUCAGGGCAGAUAGAGAGCAAUGGCUCGGAGCAAACAGAGGAUUCAGUUCCCUCAUGACAGAUGUUAAAGUCCAAGCCAUCUCUAUCGACGGUAGUUCUGAACCCUGCAAAUUCGGCAUCAUGGAGAAUGUGGUGUGGUUUACGCUUGCGGUUGACCCUCCGGAGGAAGCGAAGCCGGGUCUUCCCCCGGGAAUCAAGAAGGGUGAUACGGCGGGUAUGAUCAUGCUGUCUACGAUAUGGUGGAAUGAGGAGGGGAAGGUCAAGCGCGAUCUCGAGUAUGGAAAGCUGGUGUGGCCGGGCUUUGAUAUCGAUGCCUUCAAGACUUGGUAAGAAAUACAACUGUUGCUUAAAGAGGGUUUGCUGGUAGUUGGGGGACUUGGAGGCAGAUGCGGCAUUAGGGGAGGGAGAGUAGUACAGAAACCCGUCUAGCCGUUACGAUCAUUGCUAGAUGCUAGGGUAACUGGGACUCUCGGAUACAGAUGUGGCAUUGGGAG